CUCGUGGCCUCGACGCUUAACCUCUCUCCAUUACCUACUACCCUCGCCUCGCCCUCGCCCUCGCCCUCGCCCACAGACCAUGUCGUCGCUCGUCUGAUUACCCAUGGGACAUGAUCGCCAGACACCCGCUGCUGCUGGACCAGUAUAGACGACGCCGAGCAUGUGGGCGCAGUCGUGGAACGCGGCCCACCUCCUGGACCGUCGCGACUCCAGCAGGCCCUACCACUGCCCUUCGUACAAACUCCCCGCCUUGGGCGUCAUAGAGAUCAGCCCGGGCAACCUCAUCACCCUCGAUUCAAACGCAAUCUUCCGGCCGCAAUGCACCAAUGCACAACAGGGCGCCCUGGAGACGGGAGGAAUCACCAGCGUCGCCGACAUCAGAGACCCCUUUCACGCGUCUAUUACCCCGCAGGCCUAUGCGACGGGCGCGGCCACCGUCAUUGCCUGGAUGCUUGUCAUCAUGCUCAUCAUAACACCGCGCACCUUCUUCGUCGGGAAUGCUUCGGGGCGGUCGGGACUCAUGGGGAGACGCGGCAUGAUUAGCGGCGCGUCAGGAGGAGGGUCCAUCAUAGGAGUCGGGAGUCGACCGUGGCUACAAAAGGUUGCCGCCCUGACCGUCGCCAUCUCCCUUACGCUCGCCACCGCCGACACGUUCAAAAUCGCCGGGCGCCAGUAUGCCGAGGGCUUCAUCGACGCCAUGGAACUGCGCGGCCAGGUCGUGGCUGGCAUGGAAAUCAAGGUCUCGCGCGUCAUCUCCGACAUCUUCCUCUGGCUCGCACAGGUCCAGACGCUGAUACGCCUGUUCCCACGCCAUAAAGAGAAGGUCAUCAUCAAAUGGGUGGGCUUUGCCCUGAUUCUGCUCGAUAUUGUCUUCAGCUCUCUCAACAGCUUUGGCCCCUACGAAAACAGCCGUCGUCGCCCCGCUCACUUCGAUACGGCCAUCCCCGCACUGAGUUAUCUAUUCCAGCUGUCACUGAGCAUGUUGUACGCCGCCUGGGUCAUGUACUACGCCAUCACGAAGCGACGAUAUGCCUUUUACCACGCCAUGAUGUGGAACAUGUCUGUCGUCGCACUCUUAUCUAUUAUCGCCAUUCUUACACCUGUCGUAUUCUUCAUCACCGAUAUCGCCAACGACACUAUUGCCGGAUGGGGUGACUAUUUCCGCUGGGUUGGAGCCGCCGCAGCCAGUGUCAUUGUUUGGGAGUGGGUAGAGCGAAUAGAAGCUCUGGAAAGAGAGGAGAGAAAAGACGGAAUCUUAGGGAGAGAAAUCUACGACGGGGACGACAUGCUCGACACAACACCAUCUUCAAUAUCUCGUUGGCCCUCCUCUCGAAAGAGUCCCUUAUCGGAGAACGAAAAGAAGGGAGGGGGUGGAGGACACGGCAGUCUUACCGUGUUUACGUCCGCUCAUACUGGCCGCUUUAGUGAUCUCGCCCAUAGAUUAGGACGAAAGAUGACGGAGUCUCCAAGGACAGAGGCCAGGAGAAAGCGAAGUAUCCAUAUACCAGCACCGGCACCCGCUCGUCAACGUUCUAAUUCUGCGAACCGCGGUGACCGCAACUCGCGAACCUACACACGCGUACAGACUCCGCCUCCAGUUCCCGUCAUCUCUUCGCCCGUUAGCCGAACGGAUACAACAAGCGCCGACUCGACUGUUUAUACGGUACGAUACCAUCCUAUAAGUGAAACCCCACCUGGACGACGUCUUGCCCCAUUGGGGGAUCGACUAGCUCAGGAAGAAUCACAAACGCAAACUCAAUCAGGACCACAAGUGGCGGUAGGCCAACCAGCCAACGUGGAUGAUCUAGAGAAAGGCGGCGAUGCCGGCACAGAACCGAUUACCAGCAGGAAAAAAUGGCAAUUACAAACAGUUCCCAAUCCAUUUCGACGAAAAGGACGAACACCGCCGCAAGAACUCCAGAGAGGCCGAGUCAUUGAGCCGCUUGGGGUCGAUGAUGUUACCGCAAACAUACCACAACGCAACUACACCGGCUUGGCAUUGACGGAUCGACUGGGGACAUUCGCUGCACAACAAGGCGAAAAGUUUCGCUCAAAGAAGAAAGAUGGACCACAACUCGAGGCGAAUCUACCUGUGACCAUUAUACCAGCUCAGCCCCGCGGCCAGACGUGGUCACCAGACCUCAUUCUCCAGCAACAGGCUCAACAGGAUGAGGUCCAUCAUACUACCGGUCUUCAGCUCGCUAGGGUACCAACUGCCAUCGAAGAAGAGGACAGUAUGUCAUCCCCUACACAGCCAGAUCAAGUGAUUGAAAACAAUGAGAUUCCUCACCUUUCUCCGUCACCAAACCCAAAUCGCAGCCCACGCAUCCGGUUUGCUCCGCAGUCCUUCCGCGCACCUCAACGGCAACCAAGUAGCGAGUACACUCAACAACCUCCCGUCUCUGGUGUACUAGGCACUGAGGUGCGUAGACCGCCACCAGUGGAAGGCUCAUUGCCCCCGCCAAAUGAGUCGACGGCAAUCACAGACUUCUCCGUGCCGCAGCAGCCAACUUGUACAAACCACGACAGAUGACAUGUCUCCGUUCGUUCUUUUUACUUUUCUCUGUUCAUAUAUCAAAUCUCGGUGUUGGCGCAUUUAUACCCACAUGUUUGAUACGGCGCAUAGGUGAUGGCAUGAGUAGUUGACGUGUGGUUCAAUACCCCACAUAGCAUUGGCAUGGUUUUGGCGCAUUGUUGGUCUACAAAAGGAUCUGGUCUAUCAGCGAAGGGGGUUGGGAAUUGUUUGGAUACCCAGGGAGGACUGGCGCAAUGUCAGCUAUGUUUUGUAUAUGUCAGCAGACACCAUGAUUUGUAGAUCUGCUACGAAGACAUCUUUGAAGAAUCUAAACGCAUUUUAUGUCUACCUUUACAGCUACUUGGAUGAAUUGACGUGGUGCGCCAUGGUGGUGAUAAGCGUGUAGUGG